UUUUCUGCUUUGAUUGAUUUUAGUUAGUGUUUUGAUUUUCCAGGACAGGACCAGGACGUGAAAACCUUUGUAGAAACUGAAUCGGUGUGAGUUCGUUUGAAAAUCCAAAAUUUAUUUUUAAUGCGGUUUUGUGGUUUGUCGAUUUGUUUGUUGUAUCGGUAACAAGUUAAUCUACUCCGGAAAUAUCAACCGAAAUGAUUUUUUCAUUACCUCAUGAAUUUCUUCCUUGAUAAAACAUUGGAUUGUUGUUUACUUUCGAAUUGAUCACAUGGAGGGUGUUCAAAGGUGGCCGGAUUAACGUAUAGCGAAGAGGAUUUCUAAUGGACGCUGUUCACGUUGCAAUUGUUUUUUAUAAAAAACAACCAUGGCCAAGUCGAAAUCAAUGCCUACAGUGAAUGGGAAAUUUAAAGAUACAGAAAGACGAAUCAAGGCUAAUGAUUUUGCUUUCAAUUCGAAGUUCAAUUACGCGAAUAAUUAUAUCAAGACUUCGAAAUACACAUUGCUAACGUUUCUACCCCUGAAUCUUUUCGAACAAUUCCAACGAUUGGCUAAUUUUUAUUUUCUAUGUUUGAUGGUUCUGCAAAUGAUAUCCGUUAUUUCAUCUUUAACUCCGAUUACAACAUCAAUACCGUUGAUUGGGGUAUUGUCUCUCACUGCCAUUAAAGAUGCUUACGACGAUUACCAAAGACACAUCAGCGACAAUCAGGUGAACAGACGGAAAUCAAAAUCGGUUAGAAAUGGUAAAGUAGUGGACGUUAUGUGGUCAGAGGUGCACGUUGGUGAUAUUAUAUUGAUGGAAGAUGGCCAAUUCGUGGCCGCAGAUGUAUUAUUAUUGUCGACCAGCGAACCAAACGGAUUGUGCUUCAUCGAAACUGCUGAACUUGACGGGGAAACGAACCUGAAAUGUAAGCAAUGUUUACCCGAUAUCGCUGCUUUACAACACGAUGUGACCGCGUUCGAUGGAGAAAUUUUAUGCGAAACGCCGAAUAAUUUAUUAAAUAAAUUUUCCGGCGUUCUGUAUUGGAGAGGGAAUCAGUAUAUUUUAGAUAAUGAUAGAAUCAUGCUGAGAGGUUGUAUCUUAAGAAAUACCCAGUGGUGUUAUGGCGUCGUUAUAUUCGCUGGCCAAGAUACCAAAUUAAUGCAAAAUUCCGGUAAAACUAAAUUCAAAAGAACCACCGUAGAUAGACUGUUGAACUUCAUAAUUAUUGGGAUAGUAUUGUUUCUAUUGUCUAUGUGUCUUUUUGCUUCGGUUGCCUGUGGACUUUGGGAGUACCAGAUUGGACGUAAAUUUCAAAUUUACUUACCUUGGGAAUCGAUCAUUCCACCUGAUGCAUUCCUCGGAUCCGUUACGAUCGCCAUAUUAGUUUUUUUUUCUUAUGCUAUUGUUUUGAAUACGUUGGUUCCAAUUUCGUUGUAUGUGAGUGUAGAAGUAAUUAGAUUUAUGCAGAGUUUUCUCAUCAAUUGGGAUAAAGAAAUGUAUUGUAGACAAAGAAAAAUGUACGCUAAAUCGAGAACUACGACGUUAAACGAAGAAUUAGGCCAAAUACAAUAUAUUUUUUCCGAUAAAACUGGAACCUUGACGCAGAAUAUAAUGACGUUCAACAGGUGCUCGAUAAAUGGUAUCGUGUACGGAGACACGGACGAGAAAUUAUUCGAUUUAAGGAGCUCGUAUAAGUCAGCCACGUCCGUACCGGAACCGUUUUCGAGCUUUAUUGGUUGUAGUCGUUGCCCUGCUAAUAAAGAUGAAGUUAGAAAAACUGAUAAAACAACCACAUACCAGUCUGUACAUUACAGUAAAAUAGAGGAUACAGAUGGCGAAUGUAAUUCUAAACGAGUAAUGUUUUCGGAACCUGAUUUGAAACCUGUGGAUUUUUCGUGGAAUACGGAAUAUGAACCUUCUUUCGUUUGGUUCGAUUCGAAAUUAGUCGAAGCAACCAGAGAUGUACAAGAUCCAACCGUCCAUAUGUUCUUCAGACUGUUAGCUUUGUGCCAUACAGUGAUGCCAAACUCUAGGACAGAUAAACUAAUAUAUCAAGCUCAAUCUCCGGAUGAAGCGGCGUUAGUUUCUGCUUCCAGAAAUUUCGGUAUCGUGUUUAAAGAGAGAUCUCCAAAUAGCAUCACGAUAGAGGUGAUGGGCAAAAAAGAAGUUUAUCAGCUUCUUUGUAUUUUAGACUUCAAUAACACUCGUAAAAGAAUGUCUGUGAUAUUACAACGUAACGACGAGCUUAAAUUAUUUUGUAAAGGAGCUGAUAACGUGAUCUACGAACGAUUAAAGGAAGGCGACGAACAUUUGAAAUUCAAGACGUUGGAACAUCUAAAUCAAUUCGCCGGAGAUGGUUUGAGAACGUUGUGUUUAGCUGUUAGAGAUCUUGAUGAGGCGUUUUUUCUAUCUUGGAAAAAAAGACACCUAGAAGCAGCCGCGUCUUUGGAACACCGUGAGGAGAAACUAGACGCUCUGUACAAUGAGAUCGAGAAAGAUAUGACGUUAUUAGGGGUUACUGCUAUCGAAGAUAAACUACAAGAUGGCGUACCUCAUACGAUAGCAAACUUGUUAAUGGCAGGCAUUAAUAUUUGGAUGUUGACCGGUGAUAAACAAGAAACAGCUAUCAACGUCGGAUAUGCUUGUCAGUUGCUGAAUGAUGAUAUGGAAGUAUUGAUUGUCGACGGGCAUACGCAAGAACAAGUGGAUAAGCAGCUACGUAGAUGUUUAGACAUAAUUUCUGGAAGUGUUCAUUCGACCGAAAAUGAUAAACGAUACGGCGACAAUUUGCAUACCGUUAAUGUGCUUACUAUUAGUGAACCGGAUGAUAAAAUAGAAGAUAUCGACGACGAAACGACAUUUUCUCUGGUCAUUAAUGGACAUUCGUUAGUACAUGCUUUGCACGUUGACCUUGAAAAAAGUUUUUUAGAAGUUUGCUCAAAUUGUAAAGCGGUAAUUUGCUGCCGAGUUACCCCGUUACAGAAAGCUUUGGUGAUUGAAUUGGUGAAAAAUCACAAAAAAGCUGUCACGUUGGCAAUCGGAGACGGUGCCAAUGAUGUAUCGAUGAUCAAAGCGGCUCAUAUCGGAGUUGGAAUCAGUGGCGAAGAAGGAAACCAAGCGAUGCUAGCAUCGGAUUACUCGAUAGCUCAGUUUAGAUUUCUACAGCGCUUGCUGUUAGUGCACGGCCGGUGGUCGUACUUACGAAUGUCAAAGUUCCUGAGAUAUUUUUUUUAUAAAAAUUUCGUUUUUACAUUGUGUCAUUUUUGGUUUGCAUUUUUUUGCGGAUUCAGUGCUCAAACAGUAUUCGAUCCUAUGUAUAUAUCGGUGUACAAUUUGUUUUACACGUCUCUACCAGUAUUAGCUAUCGGUAUCCUAGAUCAAGAUGUAAAUGAUCGAAAUAGUAUAAUAUUUCCUCGCCUGUACACUCCUGGUUUACAAAAUUUGUUAUUCAACAAACGAGAAUUCCUUAGGUCUGCGUUGAUGGGCUUCUUUGCUUCUGCUAUUUUAUUUUUGAUACCUUAUGGAGUGUUUAUUUAUGGCGCUUCGUCGAAAGGGUUUGUGCUGUCUGAUUAUGUAAUAAUGAGCAAUAUUGUAUCUACGAUUCUCGUCGUUGCUGUCACGAUACAAGUAAUGAUUGAAACUGCAUAUUGGACAAUAAUAAACCAUAUCGUAAUCUGGGGUUCGUUUGUGGUUUAUUUCUUCAUGACUUGGUUGUACACUAAAUUUAUUGGUGGCAAGUACGCUGGCGCUUUAAACAACGCUAUGACUCAACCGGUAUUUUAUCUAACUUUGGUUUUGGUUGUGAUUAUUCUGAUCGUACCGGUGCUGGGAUGGCGUUUCUACUUCGUUGAUAUGAGACCUACGCUUUCGGAUCGAGUUAGACUGAAACAAAGACUUGAAAGAUUAAGAAAACGAGAAUCACAAGACAUAAUGCGUACUCCUUCGGCGAGACAUAAACGACGAUCGAUACGAUCUGGUUAUGCUUUCGCGCACCAAGAAGGAUUUGGAAGACUGAUUACUAGCGGUAAGAUGAGCGUGUAUAGGCACACUCAUGAUAAUUCUACCGAUCACGCCAAUCACGUUACGCAGAAUCACGUUGCGGAUGAUGAUGACGAUGAUGAAGUUAGUCAGAAUGCUACCGACAUUUGACGAGGUAAUUGCAAUAAUCAAACAGAUUCAACGUAGAAGUAUUUUGGUGGCGAUUUUAUAGCAAAUAUUUGUUACAGAAGGGUCGGGCAGGUCAGUAAAACCUGUCAUCUCGAUGUAUUUACCUUAAAUUCAUUCCAUAAAUUAUUGAAAUUUGAAAAAAACCAUGAAAAUUCAAUAUUAUGAAACGUUCGCACAACAUGUAAUUUACGUACUUAAUUCGAAUAUCGGAGGUUUUUUUGUUUUUGUGUACCUAAUAUUACUACCGUAGUUUUCCUGUAUAACGAACUGCAUUUUGUAAUAGUUUUUAAUGCCUUUGGCUUUAAAGGGGAUUUUUUUUUUUAGCAAUGAUCGCGCAAUUCAAUUUAGAAGUUCAGUGAAGGAGGUGUUUUAAUUUUAUUUUAUACGUUGAGAUUCUUUUUUUUUUGAUUUGUCGAUUUACGUGUUUUUUAAUUUUAAUUUUAUUUUUCAGUGAUAUGUUAUUUUAAUACUGAUUUCGUACAAUCUAUCCGUGUAACUACCAUUUUAUUUUAUUUUUACUAUUUUUAUCGUUUUUUUUUGUGUUAAACUUUGUAUGUAUGUGUUACCUCGCUGUAAUGAGACUAGUCGUUCUUUUCAUUUUCUUACAUUAUACCAAUGAAGAUUUCUCAGUUUUAUUUUUCAAAAUUUUUCAUUUUCUGUUUUUUGGUCAAUAUGGUUACGAAAAUCUCAAUUUUUGACAUAUCUGUAAUCUUCUUCUUUCUAUCCGUUAUUUUUUCCUUAUUUUCUUAAUAAUCAAAAUAUCUGGUAUCUUAAAACUUUUUAUUGCAAACUAUUUCGCUUACAAUUUCUCUCAUCAUUCUGAAAAAUGAGUAAUAUUUUAUAAUACAUAUGAUAAACAUGUUAACAUUCAAGAUUUCUUUCCUAGAAUUACACCUUUUUUUAAAAAGCUACUUCUCUUUUGUGAAUCGAAAUUUAUUUUUGUGAGUUCUUUGUACCUUUAUAAUUCAUCUAAGUUCGAAAAAACGUCCGUAAAUAAUAGUGUAAAGUUUCUAUAAAUCAAAAUAAUGUUUUUUUUAUGAAUGAAAAAUUCGAGAUAAAAACGUGCUGCCUUUAUUUUGGGAUAUAAGUUUUUAAUUGAAUCUCAUUUUUACAAUAUUUUUCAAAUUUUUUAUUUUUUUGGUAUCGGUGGAAUAAAUUGCUGUAAAAAUUCUCUCUUAGCCUUAAUAAAUGAUGUUUGAGUAGUUUUAUUAUUACUUUGGUAAAUCAAAAAAUACGUAGGUAGCUAGGUAGGUACGUUAUGAUGAAAAGUACUUAGUAAAGAAAAACGACGGAAGCAUUUGGAUUUUUUUUUUUUGUAAAUAUUGAUCUUUUAUUUUUAAAUUUAUACGUUGUGAUACUAGAAAUUACCUGCUAAAGAAGAAUGUUGUUGAGUUUUUAUUAUAAUUUAUUUAUACCUAGAUUGUUUGAUUAUAAGUUUUUUACGUGAUGGUUUCGCAUUUAGAGCACUUUUAAUAUUAUUUAAAUAGGUAUUUAAUUUGUUGUAUAUCUAUCAGUUGAAGUCAUUCUUUUUAUUUUUUUUUCAUUUAAUUUAGUAAUAAUUGUUGAAAAUGCCUUGAAUUGCUUAAUAAAAACAAAAUGUUUUGUGGUCUUUCAAUAUAGAUGUGCUUCAAAAUCAUUUAUACUUUAUACUAUCUCGAGUAAUUUUGCUGAAGAAAUUUUUUUUCAUUUACCUAUUUUUCUUGUUUAAAGAUGCUCUGUCCCGGUGAAGUAACUUAUUCAGUUAUAUCAAUUAUCAAUUAUUGUGUUCAUGACGUUAAUGGUUUAAGAGAAGGACCAACUAUGCACAAUCUGUAACACAAACUGUUGCUUUUUCAUGUAGGUAAUUUGAUCUUAUGAUACACAGGUUUAACCUCAUUUUUAAAUUAUUUGUACUUAUUUGUAAAUUAUGGUUUUAAAGAAUCACAAAAAAUACAUUCUUUUUUAUUUA